AUGGACGAAGAAGUCUGGAACAAGCUCAGGCAGCAGUUGCGCAGCUUGCAAGACAACAUCAAUGACAUUACCACGAAGUUUGCACCGCCGAAGACAGGUUCGCUCUCGGCGUGCGAUGGAACUUGGACGUACCCUUCAAAGACCCCAAACAGUGCGCGGUCUCAUCGUGAGACGGACACGCGCCUCCUUCUGCAUCCGCAGAUGUCCCACAUCCAAUCCGGCCGCUUCCAGCGAGUCUCCCAUGGCCAGUUACCACCCCCCCAAACACCAAAUUCUGCAAGCUCCAACUCAAGCAUGCGGCGAACACAAGCAUGGCAUUUGCAAAGCCACUUGCCUGACGAAGUCAUCCCCAGCAGUGCGACCUCAGAAAGCUCCGCGGCGCAG